UUAUUAAAAGAAAUCAAAGGUUGUAUAACAGUCUGCUGGAGCUUUGCAUUUCUUACUGGAGUUGUGUUUCGUCAAAUGCCUCUACAUUUCUGAGCUUCUCAGGUUCUUUAUUCCUUUACUUGUUUAUCCUCUGCAAACUCGAAGAUGAAAGGGUAUGCAUUCAAAGGACCUGCUUUUCUGUUGCCUUUCACCUUCUGAGCUUAUUUGUAUCUGCGCAAAGGGGUGAUGGGCAGAGGGAGAAGGCUGUCUGAGCAAUCCACCUAUCCUCACUACACAGACACAUACUGUGAGGUGUGAACCCCACAACUGGUACUGCACCUCAGGCGGAAAGAGAAUCUGACAUCUGAUAGCUUGAGAAUCAUCCCACCUGAUGCCUACUUGACCAAAGAACCAGAUCCUGCACUAGGGCUGUGCUGAUACUACUUGGCUGCAGACCUACUGGGAUCCUAGCACUGAGAGAGACCUAACAGAUCAAGCAUGGAAUUGUUAAGGAAGAAAAUUAAUGCAUCCUUGGACUCCUGAAGGGAGAGCUUUCCCAAUGCGACAGCUUUCAAGGGUGGAGUGAAAAGCAGAUUCACAAAGAACCAGCACUGACAAUUGAAAGAAAUUUUAUGUGCUUGGUGGAGAUGGAAAAAGAUGAAAAACAAGCUGGCUUCCUGGAGAAAGAAGGUGGCAAAUACUUAGUGGAACUUGAUUACUGUGGAACCACAUUUUGAUGCUCCUCCUGGACAACUUCCGUAAAUAUUCUAGGUAACAGCAGAUUGAUAUGAUUGGAAACCUGACUCAUCAAACAGUAUACACCAGAAGAAGUCUGCUUGGGAUAUGACGUUUUGUACUGUUUCUGAAAGUCUGUGAGAAAGCACUGUAGACAUCUACCUGUUAUUUCUUAACUGCGUCUUGAUUCAGCUGCAGCAGAACUAGUCUUUGAAGUGAAUAGAACCAGAGCCCUUUUGGAAACUUUUGUUGAACAUGACUCAUGGAGAAGAGCUUGGCUCUGAGAUGCACCAGGAUUCUGUUGUUCUAACUUACCUAGAGGGAUUACUAAUGCAUCAAGCAGCAGGAGGCUCAGGUACUUCAGUUGACAAAAAGUCUACUGGGCAUAGUGGAGAGGAUCAAAACUUUAAGAUUUCUGGAAAUAUAUUCCCCAGCUGUCAAAGUAAUGGUCCAGUUCUUAACACAAAUACAUAUCAGGGAUCUGGCAUGCUGCACCUCAAAAAAGCAAGACUGUUGCAGUCUUCAGAAGACUGGAAUGCAGCAAAGAGAAGGCGGUUGUCUGAUUCCAUUGUGGAUUUAGAUGGAAAAAAUGAAGCUUUGUUAGCUGGCAUGGUUGAAAAUGUGCCUAAAGGCAAACAGGAUAGCACAUUACUUGCCUCUUUGCUUCAGUCAUUCAGCUCUAGGCUGCAGAGUGUUGCUCUGUCACAGCAGAUUAGGCAGAGCCUUAAGGAGCAAGGGUAUUCCCUUAACCAUGAUUCUUUACAAGUGGAGAAAGAUUUAAGGUGCUAUGGUGUUGCAUCCAGUCACCUGAAGACUCUACUGAAGAAGAGCAAAGCAAAAGAUCAGAAGCUGGACAGCAGCCUGCCUGAUAUAACUAAGAACCUGCCUAAAGAGAGGUUUAUCGAAUCUCCUCAUGUGGUGCAGAGCGGACCUAAAGUGAUAAAUGAGCCACUGUCAUGUGCUGCAAGAUUGCAAGCUGUUGCAAGCAUGGUAGAGAAACGAUCUAGUCCUGCUGCUUCACCGAAGCCCAGUGUAGCAUGCAGCCAGCUAGCGUUACUCCUUUCGAGUGAAGCUCACUUGCAGCAGUAUUCCAGGGAACAUGCUUUAAAAGCACAAAAUGCAAAUCAAAUAGCAAGUGAGAGACUUGCAGCUAUGGCCAGAUUACAGGAAAGCACUCAGAAAGAUAUUGGCCAGUUUGGUUUAGCAAAAGGAAUGACAAGCCAUCUCAAUGGUCAAACAGGAUCAUCAACCAAACCAGUAUCUAGCAAAAGCAAUAUGGCACCAUUUCAGAGUUCAGUGGGAGUCAUGCAUUCAUCUUCCAAAACUGGGGGAUACAAAAGUACUUUGGAAAGAAGUAACCUGAAAACCUCUCCCAGCAACAGUUUGCUCUUGCAUCUGCUGAAAAGUCAGAAUACCACCAAACACAUGAAAGGGCAUGAACAGAGUGAGAGAGCCAGCAAUUUCGAAGAUGGCAGCACACCAACAACUAUUGAUGAAUAUUCGGACAACAAUCCUAGUUUUACAGAGGAUGACAGCAGUGAUGAUGAGAGCUCCCAUUCUAACUGUCUUCCUAUAGACCUAUCUUUUAAACAGAGGACAGAUAAACCAGAUGCAGGUCCACCUGCAUCACUGGAUAACCUGACUCAGUCCUUGCUUCAUAACUGGGAUCCAAAAGUUUCCUGUCCAGAGAACAAGGAAGACAAAGACACUCCAAAAGCUUCUAAGCUGAAUCCCCAUCAGAAAGUAACACUACUUCAGCUGUUACUUGGACAUAAGAGUGAGGAAAAUGUAGACAAGAUUGCUGACCCUCAGGGACCACACAGUGCGGCUGAUGUGGCAAAAUUCUCUGUACAGACUGGUAAAAGGACUCCAAUUACUGACAGUCCCAGUGCAAGUCGAAUGACUCCGUUAAGCACUCCCCCUUUGCUGGCUUCUACAAAGGCAGAUUCUCCUAUAAAUCUCUCCCACCAAUCGUUAGCCAUCAAGCGUAGCUCACCGCCGUAUGCCUGCAGCAUCCAGCCAGAGAGACUGGUGAAUCCCGCAUCUAAACAUUUGAUAGACCUUUCCAAAAGCAAAGAAAUUCAAGGAGCGAAGCUGAGCAGGAAUGAUAGUCCCCAGAACUCUUCAGCAUUCAGUGCCAGCAAACUGUUGCAGAACCUUGCUCAGUGUGGCAUGCAGACUUCCAUGUCAAGUGAAGAACAAAGAGCUAGCAAACACCUGCUAGCAGGAAACACAGAUAAACCUGUUGGCUUGAUUGAUAGAUUGAACAGCCCUCUGCUUACAAAUAAAUUGGGUACGCAUGAAGAAAAUAACAAAAUAUUCAAUUGUCAGCCUGCACCUGCUGAACAAGGAAUUCCAGGUUCAGAAAUAGAAAAUCUCCUUGAAAGGCGCACUGUCCUUCAGCUGCUUCUGGGAACUCCCAGUAAAGGUAAAAGUGAAAAGAAAGAGAGGAUGCUUUUAAGAGAUGAAAGUUCUCAAGAACAGACAGAUAAGGCUUUGAACGAGCAAAUACUGACAGUGAAAAUAAAAACUGAACCAUCUGAAGAAUCAAAUAUUCCUUAUAAUUCAAAUGCACAACAAGUAAGAGAUGGCAAGGAUAAUGCAUUUCAAGGAUUUGUACAUUCACUGCAGAGAAAUGCAGCUACUUCUCCAGCAUCCAAGGAGUUGAAAUCCGAGCCGAUUUCACCUCAAGAUUUCUCUUUUUCCAAAAACGGCCUACUAAGUAGGUUGCUGAGGCAGAAUCAAGACAGUUACCCUGCAGAUGAGCUAGACAGAAGUCACCGAAACAAUGAGUUGACACACCUUGAAUCAAAGAGUCUUUGCACAGUACCGAAGAAGAGGAAGCUUCAUGCUGAGCCUUUGGAAAGCCCAUUAAAAAAGAUGAAAAGUAAUACAUCUGAUGCUGCAAACAAUCACGCUUCUCCUACCGAGGCACUGUAUGGGCCUUUGCUUAACCAGCAAGAACUGAAAUUCAGCAGAAGUGAUGCUGAAUUUAAGUACACUGUAAGUCACAGUUCAAAUAAUGAAAGUGAAAAUAGGAGUUGGUCUAGAGAUAGUAAAGGCUUUAAUGUGUUGAAACAGCUGCUUCUCUCAGAAAACUGUGAGAGAGAUCUGCCACAACAUAGGAAUCACAUACUAGCUGAGGGCAAGAAAAAGGGAAACAAAAGCAGUGCAACAAUUAAUAAACCUGAAUUCAGCAUCUCAUCAGUUAAUGCGUUAAUGGGAAGCCCUGUGCAACAGAACAAUUGUGUAGAUCAUAGAACAUUUCAGUAUCCUGUAACAGUAAAAAGUCCCGCUGGUUCCCCCUUCCCUGAACAUCUGGGGAGUACAGUAUCUAGACUCGAGUCUGACCAGUUUAGCAUGUGUCCCAUGCCCAGUGAAAAAGGGCCCAUCAGAUGGGUAAUCACAGGUAUGGACAAGAAUGAUUAUGAAAAAGACUCUCCAAGACUGACCAAAACCAAUCCAAUAUUGUACUAUAUGUUACAGAAAGGCGGCAACUCUGUUAGUAGCCAAGAAGCACAUGACAAAGAAAUUUGGAAUGGACCUUCAUUUACUGAUAGCUCAACUCAUGUUACCAUCAAAGAGGAGUUGAUAUCUGAUGCAGAGCUUAAAACUCCUUUUACCAACUUAAGAAGCCCUUACAACAGCCAUAUAGGGAGUAAGACCACUCAUCAGCAUGCUGUGAAUGGAGAAGUGCAUGGACUUCUGGAAAAAGUGCGAACAAUCAAAAAAGAGCCAGAGUAAACUACAGCCUCCUCAGUGAGUUUACAAUCAGUGGUUUUGAAUCUUUGUUUAAAAAAAAAAAAAAAAAGAAAAAAUAAAAAUGAGUACGAACUUGACUACUGUAUAAAUUGAGCAUGAUUUUAGAAAAGCAUGGUCUAAUUGAAACAUAUUUUCAUUUGAUAAACUUUAAACUUUUUAUUUUUCUGGUGAUGUUAUUUAAAAUACAUGUAGAUAAGAUUUGCUUUACAGUAGAUUGUCACAAGGAAACUAGAAAGGUUGUAAUUUGUACAAGACAUUUCUGUAUGUAUCAGAUUAAGUUAUGAGUACCUUUUGAUCAGAGUCUUAUUUGGAUCUGCAAGUUUUUGGCAUAACAUAAAGUGUAAGCAUACAGCCUAGGCGGUGUUAAUGCUGCAUUUCCUCCGUCUCUGUAAAAUAAUCCUUACUUUUUGGAAGCCUGAACAUAGAGAUAGUGUACUUUUUUUUUUCUUCUUUUUUUUUUUUGAAUGUUUAAUAUGUUUUGUGAAAUUUUAAGAAUAACUUUUAAGAAAAGGAGCAGUCCGUCCAAGGUAUUAGCUCAUCAUAUUAGAAAACCUGUGUCAGUGUUAAUAAAUGAAAUGCACUGAAAUGCUUUUUUUUAGUGCUCCCAAAAUUUUUAUUGUUAUUUUUAAAUCUUGUUUGUGGUCCUGAUGGAAUAGUGGUGUAAAAUCUAUUUUUCUUCCUUGCCCUGCUCUUGAUAAAUGCCAUCCUCCAAAUCUUUAGCCAUAGUUACGAGUUACUAGUUAAUCGAUUAAGGGACUUUUCUAGGUUUUUAUACAAAAGGCAGAUUUUCAUAGGCCGUGCAAGUACUGCACGAGUCCUUUUGUCAACACAUUCCUGUCAGUUUCCUGGUUAAAAGGGGAAAGCCAAAAUGCCUCUUGGUGUAGUACAGUUAAGAAAGCUUAGUUGCAAAUAUUUAGUGAGGAAAAUGGUGGGAAGUUUGUGAAAUGAAAUGUCUGUUUAGCACCAUCCUGCUUCCCCUGCUGAGCCCUGCUAACUGUGCUAAAGCAGCACUUCAGGCUUCCACUCAAAGAUGGAAUAGGAUUUUAAUGAAAAAUGUGUUGGCCUCUUCCUACAACCAGGGAAAAGAAUCCAUAUUCUGCCAAUAUUUAUUACUCUCUGAACAGCUGAUGCAUGGUUUAAUGCACUACCCCGUCACUGCAGAAAACCUGGUUUUCAAAUAAUUUUUCUGGUUGCACUGAGGAUAAAAUUGUGGUUUUGUCAUGUUCUGUAAUGGAUAGUGGGACACGUCUGAGAAAUCCUCCUCUGCCCUUUUCCUCAAUCCCCACCUGUGCUGUGAUUUGUAACAUCUGGCAAUAUUAGACAGAGAUGGGAGUAACUGAAGAUUGCGGUCAGAGCUGAGACACCUUAAAAGAAUUGCUGGCAAGGGAAGAGCCAUGCAGCUCUGCUUUCCUGUUAAUGCUGUCAAGUGUUAACUCCAUUUGCAGCCUUUAUUUCUCACGGGGGAGGAGGAGGACAAAAUCCAGUUCCUCUAAAUUACAUGCAUUAUUGGCAACCAUAAGUUCUGCUGAACUUUUUACUCCCCUGGAAAAAAAAAAGUGUUCCCUGUAGCUUCUAAUUUCACUGAUAAUCCCCCAUGCUAUCGGCAGGCAGUUAAGUAGUUGGCUUGCACAGAUAAUGAAAGCUACACUCUGUUUUAAUUUUGACUGUUCUUACCAUUGAGAGCUGAUGACAUGACAAAACUGCUGUUUCUGUUCAUCUCAUGUUUGCAUAGCAGGGGUGAGUGACGGGGCAUUUUGCUCUUUUUCCUUCUAGUUUGGUUUCAGAGAUCCUUUUCCCAAACUGCUGGCUUGUUGAGACAGUGAGCUGUUGU